AUGACGACACGCUCGGAAACACAAUCUACUGGCCACUCUGUUGUUGCAGGCCGCUUCGAGGCUCAGCUACGAGAAUUGCUAUCUCGUCUGAGAAAGAUCGAUGUCGAUUCAUUGCAGAUAGACAAUACAAAGCCGCACAUAUCCAUCGAUCAGAUAGUCUCGCAGUACUCAGACAAACUUCGUACGAUAUCGCGGACCUCCGAAGCUAGUGCGCUAGAUGAUGCUCGAGAGAAGACCGUCGAUAGCAGGAACUUUGGCGGACUGGGCUUGCAGGGAGUAUUGACUCCGUCGCAGGAGCAGCAAGACGAGGCACUCUUCUUGAUCGAGUCAUGGCUCGAAGCGAUCACGUCUCGAGAGAGAUCGAUCAACUACUUGUCCUGUCGAUCCUCCUCGGCACCAGGAGUUCGCCCGAUGACUGCGGCGCAGAAGAUAUUUGCUCAACAUGUCAUAGGCGAAAAGCCCCGGAACGGCUUGGCCGCAGGGGAUGUUGUGAGGGUGGGGGUUGACUGGAUAUUGUCUUCGGAGCUGUCUUGGGGGUCCAUGGACAGAAUCCACAAGGACCUUGGAUCACCAGGAAUCUGGCGCAACGAUAGAUUUUGGCUCGCUGGAGACCACGUGGUUCAUCCAGAUGUGGUAUCAAAUCCUAAAAUCAAGGCUAUGAUCGAGGCGUCAGAACGUGCUAAGCAUGCUUUCAAGAUGACCGAGUAUCAAGGCAUGAACUAUACCAUUAUGCACACCGAGUUCGUCCGGGAGCGAGUUGAGCCAGGAAUGCUGGCCAUUGGGGCGGAUUCUCAUACAUGCUCGGGUGGUGCAGUCGGCUGCCUGGCUAUUGGACUUGGGACAGCGGAUGUCAUGAUGACACUGGCAUUGGGCGAAACUUGGUUCAAGAUCCCGGAGUCGAUACUGAUCGAGUUUGUGGGUAAGCCAGCCUUUGGAAUAUCCGGUAAGGAUGUCAUUCUGCAUAUUCUGAAGGAACUGAAGCGAAACACCGUUGCGGCUGAGCGGAUUGUUGAAUUCACUGGAGAAGGCCUCAGGUACCUCUCUUGCGAUGCAAGAUUUGCAAUUGCAAAUAUGUGCACAGAGUUUGGAGCGAUCACUGGUAUAUUCGUGCCAGAUCGCAUUACAAGUGAAUACAUCUCUAGGCGGCGGCGGAAAGCCAACAAGACGAACUCGCUCUACUUCAGACCAGACCAUGACGCUCACUAUGCUGGAAGAUACAGCAUCAAUUUGUCCAAAGUCGAAGCUUCAGUCGCCAUCUACCCUAAGCCCGAUAACGUUGUGCCAGUAUCGGAACAAGCGGGCACCCAGCUCGACGGAGUGUUCAUCGGUGCCUGUACCACUACUGAGGAAGAACUGGUCUUAGCGGCACUCGUGCUGAAGGCGGGUCUAGCGCGGAAGCUGCCCCUGGCGAAGGGGAAAAGACAUUAUGUGCCGGGCUCGUUGCCAAUCGUGGAGAGGCUGAAAGAACUCAAUUUACUGGAGGUAUAUGAAGCGGCCGGGUUCACGCGUGGACCGCCCGGGUGCUCAUACUGCGUUGGCCUUUCUGCCGAGAAAGCCUCCCAGGGUGAGACGUGGCUGAGUUCACAGAACCGUAAUUUCGAGAACAGGAUGGGAAAAGGUGCAUUCGGCCAUGUGACAUCCGCGGUCGUCUGCGCGGCGUCCAGCUUUAGCAUGUCGAUUACUAGCCCCGCCGAUUACUUGAAAGAUCUUGACGCGGAAUUCUUUCAGGGUUAUCAACGACUCCCCGAGUUUGAUCUCGAUCCAGUCGACUACUCUGAACCCGAUCUUGAGUCUGAACUGACGAUCGAGAGUUCCGCUCAAGGAGGAGUAGUUGAGCCAGAGCACGAUCACGUAGAGCCAACUAAGGUGCUUGACAAGAUAAGCAGCAAAGUGGUGAUGUUACCAGACUUUGUCGACACAGAUGCUCUGGCUCCAGGCUCCACUUUAACGACUUGUACGACCGAUGAGGAAUUCGGGCAACAUGUACUCGAACACACUCAUCCAGAAUUCCGAGAAAAGGUGCGAAACGGGCAGCAGAUAGUGGUGGCUGGCAACGCCUUUGGAGUGGGUUCCAGCCGGGAAGUGGCAGUCUCAGCCUUGAAAGGUGCUGGUGUCAAAGCAGUGAUUGCUCGCUCCUAUGCCUUCAUAUACGCCAGGAACCAACCAAGUCUUGGAUUGCUUGGAAUUGCAAUCGACGACGACGAGUUCCAUAAAGCCGCCAGCGAAGGUGCAGAUAUAACCAUCGAUGUCCCUGAGCGAACCGUGACCGUGGGCGGACGUGAAUUCCCUUUCCAGUUGUCCGAGAUGGAGUACAACCUGACCGUGAACAACGGCAUAGCCGCUUCAUUCAGACGGUUUGGCAAGGGCAUAUGGGAGAAGUUCACAAAUGGCAAACCGAGGACCACUCUCUCAGAAGUCCUACAGGUUGUCGAGGAGAACCAGCCUAAGAAAGAGUUACAAUGGUAA